CUGCUUCUCAGAAACCCUGAAAUAUUAUCUCUAGUUUGUAUUUAAAAGCAACCAAACACUUCUUGUACAUUUAAUCCACCAUUACUGAAAGGAAAUCCUCGUCAGAGAAGAAGUAGAAGCAGAGAUGACAUUAGUUUGGUCUCCAGAGACAGCUUCUAAAGCAUAUCUUGACACCAUACAAACGUGUGAAAUAUCAAGUAAAACCAGCGCUGCAGAAUUUUUGGCAGCCAUGGCUGGAGGGUACAACGCAAAACUAAUAGUUGAAACAUGGAAGAAAGAUGCAAAUGGCGAAGCAAAUAUCACCACGAGCAUAGGUCUAGCCAUUGCCGCGAAUCACACGCAUGGAAGGCACGUAUGCGUCGUAAGGGACGAAGCGUCCAGAGUAGAAUACGUCAGUGCCAUGCAAAAAUUAUCACGCGACGUAUCCUUGCCGGAAGUCAUGGUGGGAGAGGUGGAGAAGAUAAUUAGAUCAAAGCUGAGUAGGGUUGAUUUUCUUGUUGUUGAUGGUUGGACAAAAGACUUUACUAGAGCUUUCAAUAGUGUUAAACUGAACCAACAUGGAGCAAUUUUAGUAUGUAAAAAUGAAAGCAAAGGGAAUAAUAUAAGUAGCACUAAGUUCAGCUGGAAAGGGGUCCUUGAUGCCAAAGUCUGUGUUAUAAUAAGAGCAGUAACAGUUCCAGUUGGAAAUGGAUUAGAGAUUGCUUAUAUAGCAAGCAAUGAUGGAAAUCUGAAGUACUCCACAAAAAAUCCCAACCGUUGGAUUAGUCAUGUUGAUCGAGGCUCAGGUGAAGAGCAUGUGUUUCGACGAUGAAUAAGUCCUAUUUAAUUAAUUGGGUGUGAUUAACAUGAAUAAGAGCUCAAAUACGAAACAAUUAAUUUCCUCUUUCUUUGUAUAUACAGAAGGAUAAAAUGUAUUUGGUUUAAUUAAUUUCUGCAUACAAGUCGUGCUUAACUUUUCUGGUGAUGCAUAUGUAAUCUAGUGAAAAAUUCGUGUAUUAUGUACUUACAUGUGAACGUACAAGACCUUUAA